CCGCAGCUGGAGUACUGCGCGUGCGCGCAGACUCGCGCUCGCGAUCGGCGUUCUGCGUUGAUUCUGGUUCCCCCUAGGAUUUGGGGGGCGGAGGCCAACCCUGGGGCCAGGUCCGCGGCACGCAGACCCUCUCCGCCCAUGAGCGCCUCCGGUUGGCUCCGCCUCCCUGCCCCCCUGACCAGGAUGGGCCCUGGGCCACGCCGGCUGGCAGCACUGUUGUCCCCGGGGGCAGGGGUCGCCGCAGUCCAGGUGGCAGGCAAGAAGGACCGCCCCGCUCUGCUUCCUCUGGAUGAGGGCGCACUGGAGGAGCAGUUUGUGAAAGGACACGGCCCGGGGGGCCAGGCCACCAACAAGACCAGCAACUGCGUGGUGCUGAAGCACGUGCCCUCGGGCCUGGUGGUCAAGUGCCAUCAGACCAGGUCCGUCGACCAGAACAGGAAGCUGGCUCGGAAAAUCCUGCAGGAGAAGGUGGACAUUUUCUACAACGGCGAGGACAGUCUCGCUCACAGAGAAAAGCGAGAAGCAGAGAAGAAGAAGCAAGAGAGGAAAAAAAGGGCCAAGGAAACCCUGGAGAAAAAGAAACGACUGAAGGAACUCUGGGCGUCGAGCACCCACGCCCACGGGGAGACGCCAGGGGGCUCCGAGUGAGCGGGCCCGCCGGCGAGGCACACACGGCCCGUCUCCCGCGCUGCUGCCGAGCUCCGAGAGCGACCCUUGGGGCAGGGGCACGGGACGUCCCAGUUUUCGGACGGCAGGCUGAGGGGGAGGCACCGAGAGCCCAGCCGGAAACACGGGACACCACCGCUGGGGAGGGACCGUGACGCCCUCGGGGCCCAGAGGCCACGUGGCUGAGGGGCGGCAGGUGGCGGGGCCGCCGGGGUGGCCGACAGUCCUGCUCUCUACCUGGGCGGCAGGGACGCGGAGGUCGCCUUGUUUUUCAAGCUGUGCAUUUGUGUGGUUGUAUCUUAUUCUCAGAGGUUAGAAAUAAAAA